AUGAGCUAUCCAUAUCAUCCCUCAACCAAACCCUCUCAGUCCGUCUCUUCCAAAGCCCCUCCCCCCAGGGAUCCCCACACCAAUCACCAAAAACAGACAAUCAGGCCACAUCAGGGAACCACCAAAGGGAUGAAGACGGGAAAAUGGCGACAAGGCAUUGGCAUUAGUACUAGGGAUCGAGAUGCGAAUGGCUUACCUUACCUUGAGUUUGGUCAACAAUUGCUACCUCGCAGACAUGUGCUGAAUGAAGAAAAGAAGAAAAGUGAGAAAGGAAUCGGCGGUAACCUGAAUAGAAAAGUGAAUAAAGGGUAA